AAUGCACUAACCUGCAAUACCUGCAAAAAAAAAUAAGAAUUACUCACGUUAUAUUUAUACGUGUUUAGAAACGUUUUUGUAACAUUGAGAGAAGGCAAAAUUAAACUAUUUCAGAUCUCUAGGUAUUAUAAAAUCUAUGUUUCAAACAUACCUGUAAUCUUUUAAAAAACUGAGGUUGAAUAUAAUGUUUUAAUAUCAACAUAUAAAAGUUCGAUAUUAUGUCAUUAUAUGAUGAUUUUGAUAAACACAGAACGUCUGAGAAGGUGGCCGGCUGGUCAUCUAGUAUUAAGUUAUUACAGUCUCAAUUACAAUUAAAGAAAGCAGCUACUACACAGCCAAAACGUGAACAAUAUAGAAAAGCCACAGCUGUAUUGGCACCUGUGAUAGAUUUGAAAUCAAAAGCAAAUCGAAAUGUAGAUAGGGAAGAUGAUACACCACAUAAUAAUCCACUCUCUACUGGCACUGUCAGCAGUAUUGGAGUUGGUGGUGAAUUUGAUUGGAAUGUAAUAAAUGAGUAUGAUCCUAUGUGGCCUAAUGAAUAUGACAAAGUUGUGAAAGAAUUAAGAGACUUGCGCGAUAGAGAACAUGAUCAAGAAACUGAAAUGCGUAAAAGAAGACGAGAUAGUUCACGUUUUGAAGAUGCACAGGUUUCAACUGGAAAUAACACAAUGAUACCACCUGAAAGGGAUGAAGAAAGAACUCCAACAUCAAGAGGUAUUGCUGGUGGAGCAGCUAUAGCACCACCACCUUCUUUACAAGAGUCAUCCGAUCUUCCACCCCCAGCACCGAAACAACCAACUAACAUGGGAUAUGCGACGUCGUCCGUGGCGGCCAAAAUAAUGGCCAAAUAUGGUUUUAAAGAGGGACAAGGGCUUGGUAAAAAAGAACAAGGAAUGUCUGUUGCUUUGCAAGUAGAGAAAACUAGUAAACGAGGUGGAAGGAUUGUUGGGGAAAGAGAGCAACUCAUGCCACCGCCACCGCCUAUCGCUGUAUCGCCGCCUCCAUCGCAAUUAGGUUCUCUGUCGCAACCUACCGAGGAACCUAGCAUCACAGAAAUAAUGAAAUGUCCGAGCAAGGUUGUGUUGUUGCGCAAUAUGGUUGGACCCGGAGAAGUAGACGAGGAUCUCGAGCCUGAAGUUAAAGACGAAUGUAACACAAAAUAUGGCGAUGUAGCGCGUGUUAUUAUUCAUGAAGUAACGGAAGCUGCUGCAGAAGAGGCUGUUAGGAUCUUUGUAGAAUUCAAAAGAAUAGAAAGUGCUAUUAAAGCUGUUGUUGAUUUAAACGGACGAUUUUUUGGUGGAAGACAAGUUAAAGCAGGUUUUUAUUCCAGUGAGAAACUUGAUAGUUUACAAUUAAUGGACUAAUU